GUUAUCGAUAAAUUCAGGUGCAGCUCCGAUUCUUUCUACUUCGCUAGAAUUUUCAGACGCCAUUGUGAGAAAGAUUUUAGCUCUUGAAAGUUUGUGUAAAAUAUUGAUAAAGAACAACUGUUAAUUAGUUCAAUUGUGUUCAAAGUAAAACGCGAGUGAAAUUUCUUAAAGGAAAGCGAAAUAAGAGCGAAAGUUACUUAUAAAAUGCGUGGCGGACGAGGUGGAUACGUUUCACGCGGCUCUGGCUCAAGCCGUGGCGGUAAUUACCGCAGUAAUAAUUAUGGGCGCAUGCAAAAUUCUGGUGGAAGGUCUGGUGGUCGGGAUGGCUACAACCAUAGCUACAAUAGUAGUGGUGGCAAUUCUCGUUAUAACAACUACAAUUCUGGUGCCAGUGGUAGCGGUGGCCACUAUGAUCGUUCCAGGGAUCGCUUCAAUAAUAGUUCUACUGGUGGAAGUCGUCAUGAUUCGGGGCACAAGAGGAAUUAUCGUGAUACAUCACGCGAUCGUAAUGAUGAUAGGAAGCGUUCCCGACAAGAUGACUAUCGACGCAACUCAUCAACCGGACGUGGUAAUCGCACGCCACCGCCGCCUCCACCACCAAUGGUCUCAUCAGCAUCCACAUCGAACUAUCGUAGUACUGGUGGGGCUAAUACAUCUAGCAAUUCAUAUCGUGGUGCGAAUUCCCGGAAUGAUAGAGAUGACUCCAAUGCAAAUACCAGCCGUCACCGUUCUCCAAUGGGCAUACAAAAGCGUCCCAUGCGCACCGGCUACAUUUCAAGAGCUCGCGGUAAUAUCUCGUCAUAUCGAGGUGGCAUGCGCAGUACUAUGCUGAGGGGCGGUGUGCGCAUCAUUCGCAACAACCGGAAUGAAGCGAACGAUUUGCGCAUUAUGCGCGGAAAGCUGUUGUAUGCUCAACAAAAAGAUCGUGCGCGUGUAUUAAAAAUACAGCGCCUAACAAGCUCAUUACGUCGUCGUAGGAUAGUGCGUCAUUCGAAAAGCCCACGACGUUCUCGAACCAAGAAGGACGAUUCAUCAGAUGAAGAGGAAGAUAAUGAGAAAGACAACGACACCGAUAAGGAUGAUAGCAAGAGUGACUCCGAAACUAAGAAGAAAUCUUCGAAACGUAGCAGCAGCAAGCGGGCCAAGUCUUCGGAUAAGGGUGAUGAUGCCGAAAAAGCUGGGGAAAAUGAUGGUGAUGACGACGAUGAUGAAGAUAACGAGGGCGACGAGAGUAAGGAGGAAAUAAAGUCGGCAAAGAAGAGUAAAAAGGGUGAGGAUUCAUCAGCGGAAACUGAUGAUCAUAAGGAUGAUGAUGAUGAUGAUGAUGAAGAAGAAGGUGGUGAUGGUGAAGCCGAAGGGACAGCAGGUGACGCAAAGGCUGAUAAAGAGAAGGAGGGUGGUGAGAAAGAGGUAAAGAAAGAAGGUAAGAAGAAAGAGAAGGAGAAGGAUGAUGACGAUCGCAAGAAGGAGAAAUCCAAGAAAAGUACAUCGUCCUCCUCCAAGAAGGACAAGGAAAAGGGUAAAGAGAGCAAGGAGAGGCGCAAGAAGGACGACCAUAGUGAAGAUGAUUCAGAGAAGAAGGAAAAGAAGUCGCACAGUUCGCGACGUGAUGAUUACAAAUCAGGCACAUCUGGGCGUCUCAACUUAAAGUGCAUUCACUGUCACAUGAACUGCUUCGGAUUUUUGGAUUACCAACAGCAUUUGUACUCUCGCGUUCAUAAGAGUGCAAUACGUCAAAUCUCACUUCAACAAAAGGCACAUUUGCUUCGUCUGCGCGCUCGCCAGCGUGCUGCACAACGCGAAAUCGAAGAGAACUCGAAGGAAGAAUACGAAUCCAAGUUCUGUCACCUGUGUCGUCUACACUAUCGCCAACCUAAGGCAAAACAUCAAUUGUCGGAGCAUCAUAAGACUAUGAAGAAGUUCUUAAUGCCCUAUUGCUCCACUUGUCAUUUGGCAUUCAAGAGUCCAAUGCUCUAUGAAACUCAUCGUUGCUCAUUGGAGCACUUAAAACGCAAGGCACGCAAACGUGAUUCGGAUAGUGAUAACAGUGAUGAGGAUACCCGCGAGAUAGAUCUGAACAAGUUUCUAACAGUCGAUUCGGUAGGCGAAAUUGACGAAAUCGAUGACCUGGAUGUGGACGCCCUUUUAAAUGAAGGAGAAGGCGGUACGGAUGGUGAAGAGAACAGCAAAGAACGUCAGCCUGUCGGUGCAUCAUUUAUAAAGAAGGUAGAUGCCUACUUCUGUGAGCUCUGCAAUCAUUAUUCAGUCGCAAGUGACUCGGUGGAAGCGUAUGCUAAGAAACAUUGUCUCUUACGCUCACAUCUCAAAGCGUUCUUGCGUAACAAGGAAGAAGAGGAGAAAGCAGCUAAGAAAGCUAAAGCAAAGGAAGCAAAAGAGAGCGAAAAAGAUGCUAAAGAUGCCAAGAAAGAAAAGGCCGAUGGUGAAGAGGACGAGAACAAAGAUGCCGCCGAGGAAAAUGGACAUGAGAAUGGUGACGAAGGUGGGGAAGUUGGUGAAGAUAAACUCUGGGAAGAUGUUGAUAAGGAUUUGGGUGAUUUAUUACGUGAAGUUGGCCCAGAGGAUCGUGAUGACGAAGAAGAAGAUGAAUCGGUACUUAAUAUUGAUAUCGAAAGUGAAAAACCUAAAGCUAAGGAAGUAAACGGCAAGAAAGAGGAACCUGCAGCUGCACCAGCAGCACCAACACCAGCUCCCGCACCGGCACCGGCACCGGCACCCACAGCAGCACCAGCUGCAGCUGAGACGACUAAGGAAGUUAAGGCAGUAAAAGCGGAAACUAAACCGCAAGCAACACCAGCAAAACCUAAACAACAACGUAAAGUGGCGACAAGCGCUAAAACAGCAACAACUCCAGUACAAGCGAAGGAGAAAGCUGCUACAGCAAAAUAAGUUAAUUUUAAAUAAAACAUUUCUAGUGAAACCCAACUAAAUUAAACUAUUGGAGCAUUACAAAAAAUUAACGUAGGAUUAGCGCAUACGUUUUAUGGACUUACUAAAGAAGAUGAGAAAGUUUCAACAUAUACGCAUAAAUACAGAUAUAAAGGUUUUAGCAGUUACUGAUCAAUGCUGACAACGUAUAAUCUAGUACGCAUGAACUGUAACUAAAAUGUGCAAAAAUAAAUACAUCAAACAAAUAUA